UCUCUAAGCUCGUCCCCUCAUGCCUUUCUCCUUGUCCGUUCCUAGGGUGGCUAUUUUCCUGAACAUGUAAAAGCCAUGACCAGCCUGCGGUGGCUGAAGCUGAACCGGACAGGACUCUGCUACCUGCCUGAAGAACUUGCUGCCCUUCAGAAGCUGGAACACCUGUCUGUCAGCCACAAUCACUUGAACACUCUCCAUGGAGAACUAUCCAGCCUCCCCUGCCUGCGGGCGAUUGUGGCUCGAGCCAACAGCCUGAAGAAUUCUGGGGUACCAGAUGACAUCUUCCAGCUGGAUGACCUCUCUGUCCUGGACCUCAGCUACAACCAGCUGACAGAAUGUCCCCGGGAGCUUGAGAAUGCCAAGAACAUGCUGGUGCUCAAUCUCAGUCACAACAGCAUCGAUAACAUCCCCAACCAGCUCUUCAUCAACCUGACUGACCUAUUGUACCUGGAUGUGAGCGACAACAGGCUGGAGAGCCUGCCCCCCCAGAUGCGACGCCUUGUGCAUCUGCAGACAUUGAUUCUCAAUAACAACCCCCUCAUGCAUGCCCAGCUCAGGCAGCUCCCUGCUAUGACAGCCCUGCAGACCCUGCACCUCCGGAACACCCAGCGCAUCCAGAGCAACCUCCCCACUAGCCUGGAGGGCCUGAUCAACCUUGCUGAUGUGGACCUGUCCUGCAAUGACCUGACCUGGGUGCCCGAGUGCCUGUACACACUCCCCAACCUCCGCCGCCUCAACCUGAGUAGCAACCAGAUCUCUGAGUUGUCCCUCUGCAUCGACCAGUGGGUACAGGUGGAGACGCUGAAUCUGUCUCGAAACCAGCUCACCUCUCUCCCAUCUGCCAUCUGCAAGCUGACUAAGCUGAAAAAGUUAUACCUGAACUCCAACAAGGUGGAUUUUGACGGCAUCCCCUCCAGUAUUGGCAAGCUGGCCAACCUGGAGGAGUUCAUGGCGGCCAACAACAACCUGGAACUCAUUCCUGAGAGCCUUUGCAGAUGCACCAAAUUAAGAAAGCUGAUCCUGAACAAGAACCGCCUGGUGACCCUGCCUGAGGCCAUCCACUUCCUGACGGAAGUAGAGGUCCUGGAUGUGCGAGAGAAUCCCAACUUGGUGAUGCCCCCUAAGCCAGUAGACCAUUCCUCUGAAUGGUACAAUAUUGACUUCUCACUGCAGAACCAACUGCGCCUGGCAGGCGCUUCCCCAGCUACUGUGGCCGCUGCUGGUGCAGGGAAUGGUCCCAAGGACCCAUUGGCCCGAAAGAUGCGCCUUCGCCGGCGUAAAGAUUCAGCCCAGGAUGACCAAGCAAAGCAGGUGCUGAAGGGAAUGUCAGAAGUGGCUCAGGAGAAGAACAAAAAAAUGGAGGAGAAUGCGGAUGUGAAAAUGGCCGACACCAAAGCCAAACGCUGGGAUCAGGGCUUAGAGAAGCCGCCUCUGGACUAUUCGGAGUUCUUCACGGAAGAUGUGGGCCAGCUGCCAGGCCUCACCAUCUGGCAGAUAGAGAACUUUGUGCCCACCAUGGUGGACGAAGCUUUGCAUGGCAGGUUCUAUGAGGCCGACUGCUACAUUGUGUUAAAGACAUACCUGGAUGAGAGCGGCUCCUUGAACUGGGAGAUCUACUACUGGAUUGGUGGGGAGUCCACCUUGGACAAGAAAGCUUGCUCAGCCAUCCAUGCAGUCAACCUUCGGAACUACUUGGGUGCCGAGUGCCGAACCAUCCGGGAGGAGAUGGGUGAUGAGAGUGAGGAGUUCCUCCAGGUGUUUGAUCAUGACAUCUCAUACAUCGAGGGGGGCACAGCCAGUGGCUUCUAUACCGUUGAAGACACACAUUAUGUCACCAGGCUAUACCGAGUCUUUGGGAAGAAGAACAUCAAACUGGAGCCUGUGCCCCUUAAGGCUGCUUCCCUGGAUCCUCGGUUUGUCUUCCUCCUGGACCAUGGGCUGGACAUCUACAUUUGGAGAGGGGCCCAAGCCACACUGAGUGGUACCACCAAAGCCAGGUUAUUUGCAGAGAAGAUCAACAAGAAUGAGCGGAAGGGUAAAGCGGAGAUCACACUGUUGUCACAUGGCCAGGAGGUCCCCGAGUUUUGGGAGGUGCUGGGUGGGGAGCCCCAGGAGAUUACAAAGCACGUCCCCGAUGACUUCCGUCCUGCCAGGCCCAAACUCUACAAGGUGGGCCUGGGAUUGGGUUACCUGGAACUGCCCCAAAUCAACUACAAGCUCUCGGUGGAACACAAGAAGCGGCCAAAAGUGGAGCUGAUGCCUGAGAUGAGGCUGCUGCAGAGCCUUCUGGAUACCAAGUCCGUGUACAUUCUGGACUGCUGGUCAGAUGUGUUCAUCUGGGUUGGCCGCAAGUCCCCACGCCUCGUACGGGCUGCUGCCCUCAAACUGGGCCAGGAGCUCUGUAGCAUGCUGCACCGGCCCCGGCACGCCAUGGUCAGCCGCAACCUUGAGGGCACAGAGUGUCAGGUUUUUAAGGCCAAGUUUAAGAACUGGGAUGAUGUGCUGAAAGUGGAUUACACCCGAAAUGCUGAGUCAGUGGUGCAAAGCGACGGGUUGGCUGGCAAGGUGAAGAAGGACGCGGAGAAGAAGGACCAGAUGAAGGCAGAUCUGACAGCUCUAUUUCUUCCACGCCAGCCACCCAUGGCUUUGGCUGAGGCAGAACAGCUCACGGAAGAGUGGAAUGAGGACUUGGAUGGCAUGGAGGGCUUUGUCCUCGAAGGCAAGAAGUUUGCCCGCCUGCCUGAGGAGGAGUUUGGUCACUUCCACACCCAGGACUGUUAUGUCUUCCUCUGCAGGUACUGGGUCCCUGUGGAAUAUGAAGAAGAGGAAAAGAAGAAGAAAGCGGCCCCUGGGACCACCGAGGGGGAGGGGGAAGCAGAGGAGGAGGAGGAGGAGGAGGAGGCUGCGGUGGCCGAGGAGAAGCAGCCCGAGGAGGACUUCCAGUGUGUAGUCUACUUCUGGCAGGGCAGGGAGGCCUCCAACAUGGGCUGGCUCACCUUCACCUUCAGCUUGCAGAAGAAGUUUGAGAGCCUUUUCCCAGGCAAACUGGAGGUAGUCCGAAUGACUCAGCAGCAGGAGAACCCCAAGUUCCUGUCCCACUUCAAAAGAAAGUUCAUUAUCCACAAGGGGAAGAGAAAAGCCCCAGAGAAUGCUCAGCAACCCAGCCUUUACCACAUUCGCACCAAUGGCAGCGCCCUCUGCACCCGAUGUAUUCAGAUCAACACAGACUCCAGCUUACUCAACUCCGAAUUCUGCUUCAUUCUCAAGGUCCCCUUUGAGAGCACAGACAAUCAAGGCAUCGUGUACACGUGGGUAGGACGGGCGGCUGACCCUGAUGAGGCCAAGUUAGCUGAGGACAUCAUGAACCACAUGUUCAAUGACUCAUACAGCAAGCAGGUGAUUAAUGAGGGAGAAGAGCCAGAAAAUUUCUUCUGGGUGGGCAUCGGAGCUCAGAAACCCUAUGAUGAAGAUGCCGACUAUAUGAAGUAUGCUCGACUCUUCAGGUGUUCCAAUGAGAAAGGUUACUUCUCAGUGUCAGAAAAGUGUUCUGACUUCUGCCAGGAUGACUUGGCUGAUGAUGAUAUCAUGCUGCUGGACAAUGGUCGGGAGGUUUACAUGUGGGUGGGAACCCAGACAAGCCAGGUGGAGAUCAAGCUGAGCCUGAAGGCCUGUCAGGUUUAUAUCCAACACAUGAGGUCCAAGGACCCAGAGCAUCCUCGAAAGCUCCGUCUGGUCCGCAAGGGUAACGAACAACACCCCUUCACCCGAUGCUUCCAUGCCUGGAGUACCUACCGGAAGCCCCCUGCCUAGCCCGGGACGGAGGACUAGCCCAGGCUCUUCUUGCCCCUGGCUCAAGGCUGCUAGCACCACCACAAGCUUUAAAAGGACUUCCUACCUGUGAGAAGUGGGGUCCCAGGGUCCUUUAGGAGCCCUUGUUGCAGGUGGCCCUCACAUUUGGGGAGGAUGGCUUUCUUCAUUCUCACCCUUUCCUCGCAGGCUUCUAGGCUCUGUCUGCCUGCACCCCUUUUUCUUAAGCUGUUCUAUGGCCAAAGCAGGUGUCUCACUCUGCCCGGGAGGAUCUCAGGAGUUCAGGGAGGGAGUAUGGUAUGUGGAGGUCUGUCUCAUGGGCAGAAGGGGACAGCACUGAGCUGCCAAAGAUGGGAGUUGUGCUUCCUCUGCAUCUAUGACUCAUUAGGGUUUUCUGACCUUAAGUUAUCCAGCCCUGCACCUCCUCCAACUCCUUUCCCUUGCCUAGCACCCCCUCACUCUGGACUCACUGCCCCUUCUCAUCAGUCCCAGCAGCACCUGGUGUAUUGUAUUGUUGGAAUAAAAAUCGGUCCUGGCA